UGUUAGUUUAGCCGGGCUGUCUUUGAUUCAAGAAGGCGUGGAAAACUCCACAAGAGCAUCCCAUGGAAAUAAUCCGCUCUCAUCAUCAACUGCAAGUCGCCAGAUAGACAACCUACCUAGAGAGGCGACCACCGUAUCCUCCAAAAUAAUGCACAAAGAAUAUUUCACCACUAACGAUGGAUGCAAAAUCACCUUUCAGUCUUCCUUACCACUGAAGGAAGUUGCAAGAGUUGCAGCUGAGAAAUGUGUCCUGCUCAUGCAUGGCUUCAGUGGCUCUAGCGAUUACUUCAUCCGCAACUUUACAUCCCUGAGCAAAUCACUCUGGGUCGUUGCCCCGGACAUGCGAGGACAUGGGGACUCCAGUCAAACUCGUGGUGGUUAUCACGUCGCGCGCUUGGCAGCUGAUCUUUCAGGUCUUGUUGCUCAUAUACGCAAGACGGCAUCUGUCAGUAUUGUGCCUGUUGGAUGCUCGAUUGGCGCCGCCGUGCUCUGGACUUACGUGGAGCUCUUUGGUUGCAACGACUUUGCGGGAUUUGUCUUUGUUGAUCAGGCACCUCUGCAAGAUCGCUCAGCGUUCGAUGAAUGGGACGAAACCAGGGCACAUACUGGAUGUUAUGACGAGAAGACCAUGCUCGCCGCGCAAUACAACUGGAUCAAUGACUCGAAGAAGGCGCAUAUCGACCUAGCAAUAGGCUGCUUAGGAUAUCGACAUGCCCCAAAGGAGGAAGACGGGAUUUCAGCUGAGCAACAAGCCAAGGAUGAAGCCUUCUUUACAGACAUCAGUGCGAAAUGCGACCAAACAUGGCUAGCACGACUACUGGCAGAUCAUACUCGCUACGAUCACCGAGAAUCCAUCGAAACAAUCACGGUUCCGGUGUUGGUUAUGGCCGGUCGACGAUCAAGCUGCUUCCCACUUGAAGGAAUGCUCGAGAGCGUGAGACGUGUAGAGAAGUCAAGGCCAGGGCUAGCAAGGUCAUCGGUGUUUGACUCUGGACAUUGGCUAUUUUAUGAGGAACCAGAGAGAUUCAACAAGGAAAUUGCGGAGUUUGUUAACUCAUGCUAGAUGUCGAUCGGGCCAACAGCCAGCUGUUUGGUCGGAGUCAAGAAUUGAAGUGAAGACAUAGGUAGUAGCUACGACCUGAAAGAAGAAGAAGAAAAGU